AUGUCAGAUUCCUCGGAGUUGGGGGGCAUUGUCCGCGAGCUUUCAAACGCUUUCGCCGUGGACUUCCCGCAACCUCAUUCCCCUAUGUCAGGCGCGUCUCAUGAUGUCUGGCUCCUCGACGAUCCUACGAAUGGCGAGACGUGGAGUAUAAGAAUCGCCAAGAAUGAAUUCGCAGCUUCUCUGAGCGAUCGAGGAGCGGCUAUUCUUCAAUAUCUCAAAGAGAAGCGCCCGAUGCUCCAGGUUCCUAAACUUCUUUGCCAAUCGAAGCAAUAUUCUGUUUUCCAGUAUCUCGGCGGAGAGCCAAUUGAUUAUUGGGAUUCCAAUAAGCUUUCGGAUAAGAGAAGGCAUCAUUUGCUUGACAGUUUGGCAGUAUUCCUCUUUGAAAUGUGGACUUGUCCUGUGCCAAGGGGUGCCAUCAAGCACGGCGAUUUCAGCGCUUGGAACGUUUUGAUGGAUGAUAAGGGGAUAUCCGGAGUAAUCGACUGGGACACGGCGCAGUUCGUCCCAAUGCCAGCUGCCAUCCACCAUCCUCUCUUCAUUGCCGACAUACCAGGUUGGCAAAAAGCCGUUCCGGAAAACAUGAAAUUUGCGAAGGACCGAAAAUAUCUCCAAAAUGCCAUCGCUAAGAUAGCAGGCAACUCGAACCACCCGGACGCUCAGAACAUCUCUCGACUCUUAUCUAAUUGCUUUGAGCGACAGUUCUUUGAACUUUCGCUCCGUAGUAAGCUAACAAAUGAGCAUUACAUCGAGACAAGAAUCAAAGGGUCUAUGGUUGAGAAAGUAGUUCUCCAGAAGCAACUGGGAGCCUUCCUUGCCAUUUAUUCAGGACUGCGAACUAAUCCGACCAUUCUAGCGCUUCAAGAACGCAUGAGGCGGACAGAAGGGGUCAGCGUACCCAUAAUGAAAGAUCAAAAUAUCUCACAUGUGGCAUAG